UGUGUGUGUGUGUGUUUUUAUUUUUAUUUUUAAAAGAUGAGCCCGGAGAUGGUAGAUACUGUUACUUAGAUUGGUUUACUCUUAUUCACAGUGAAGGUAGCAGGCUAGGCUUGAGUUUAUGGAUUCAAUUACCACUGAAGAGGGUUCUUCCUCUUCUUCUUCCACCGAUGGAUGGAAAUACGAUGUCUUUCUUAGCUUUCGAGGCGAGGACACACGCUACAGUUUUACAGACCAUUUGCACAGCAGUUUGGUUCGGAAGGGGAUCCACACCUUCAUAGAUGAUGGGCUUGUAAGAGGAGAAGAAAUAUCACAAGCGCUUCUCAAAGCAAUUGAAGGGUCGAUGAUUUCUCUCAUCAUAUUCUCUGAAAACUAUGCAUCCUCCAAGUGGUGCUUGGAUGAACUCGCUCAUAUCAUGCAAUGUAAAAAAUCAGAUCAACAAAAGGUAAUUCCAAUUUUUUACAAAGUGAAUCCCUCAGAUCUACGACACCAGACAGGUUGCUUUGGGAAGGCACUUGCUAGCCAUGAAUGCAACUUCAAGGAUGAUCCGGAGAAGGUGAUAAGAUGGAAGGCAGCUCUCACAGAAGCAGCAAAUUUGUCUGGGUGGCAUCUAACAAGCGGGUCUGAAUCUGUACUUAUUGACAGCAUCGUUAAAGACAUUUCACUACGAGUAUUGAAUGAUACGGGCAACUUUUAUGUAGCAGAUCACCCGGUUGGAAUUAAGUCCCGUGUAGGACAAGUGAAUUAUCUUUUACGUCUUGGGGUAGAAGAUAUUCGUAUGGUAGGGGUAUGGGGGAUUGGUGGAAUAGGUAAGACUACAAUUGCUAGAGCUGUUUACAAUUCAAUUGCGCAAGUGUUUGAAGGUUGUUGUUUCUUGGAAAAUGUGAGAGAAGAAUCAAUGCAACAUGGAGGCCUGGUCAAACUGCAAAACAUUAUUUUGUCUAAAAUUAUAGGAGGGAAAGAAUUGGAGGUGGCCACUGUUCAUGAAGGAAUCAACGUGAUAAAGAAAAGGCUAAGCAAGAAAAGGGUUCUCAUAGUUGUUGAUGAUGUGAACCAAGUAGACCAACUAAAGAAAUUAGUUGGAAGGUGUGACUGGUUUGGUUUCGGCAGUAGAAUUAUCAUAACGACAAGAGAUAAGCACUUGCUCACUGCUCAUCAAGUUAAUCGAAUCUACAAUGUCAAGGAAUUGGAUGAUCACGAAGCUCUUGAUCUCUUCAGUGCGAAUGCCUUCCCAGGGGAAAGACGACUUUCAGAUGAUUAUGUGAAGCUUGCUAGAACUGUAGUGCAGUACGCUCGAGGCCUUCCCUUAGCUCUGAUAAUUUUAGGUUCACUUCUUUGUGGUGGAAGUAUGGAGGAAUUGCAAGAUGCAAUAGAUGGUUACAAAAAAAUUCCUAAUCCAGACAUUCAAGAAACUCUUAAAAUAAGUUAUAAUUCAUUGGAAGAUCCAGUGAAAGAAGUUUUCCUUGACAUUGCAUGUUUCUUUAAAGGUGAAAACAAGGACCAUGUGAUACAAAUACUAGAAGGUUGUGGCCUCAACCCUGAGUAUGGUAUCAAAGUACUCAAAGAUAAGGCCCUCAUAAAUGUUAACGAAGGAAAUUAUAUUUGGAUACAUGACUUACUUGAAGAAAUGGGAAAAGAAAUAGUUCGCCAAGAGUCACCUUUUGAACCUGAAUAUCGUAGCAGAUUGUGGGAACAAAUAAAACUAGGAGCAUCAUGGUAG